AUGUCUGUGAUAAAAUUAGACAGGAAUCAAGGGGAAGAUAGCGAUGUCGAAGAAAUUGACCACGAUUCAAAUGAUUCUGAUAAAUCAAGUUCGAAUAGCGAUUCUUCCGAUAAUGGAACGGAUUAUGAUGAUUCUUCUGAAAUGGAUGAAGAAGAAUGUGAAAGACUGAGAUCUGAAUAUGUAGAAGAUUUAGUGGAUUUAGAAAGACAAUUUACUCUUCUUAGAGAACAACUUUAUAGAGAAAGAUUUACUCAAGUAGAUAGCAAAUUAUUAGAAAUUAGAAGUGGUAGAGCACAGGAAUACCUUCAACCGCUUCAACAACUACAAGAAAACAUGCGAAUACGAACUGAAGUUGCAGCCAUUUUAAAACAAUUUUCAUUAGCUAGUGUAAAUAAUCAAAUUGACGCGGAAGCCAUUGCAGCUGUUCAAAAUCUACAAAGCGAGCAAAAGCUAUUAUGGGAUACAAUCCAGGAUGGUUUGGAGGGUGAAAUACGAAGACUGGAGGAGGAUAGGAAUAACAUUGAUGUCAAUUCGGCACUUUGGGGAAGCGAACAACCUAGGAGAACAUCAGGUUCUAGAAGAAAACCGGUUUCAGUAAAUGGACCUUAUAUUAUUUACAUGUUACACGAAUCAGAUAUUUUAGAAGAUUGGACAAUAAUAAAAAGAGCAUUAACAGUUUGUAAAAGAAAAUCAGAAUUAAAUUAA